GAGGUAGUGGUCCGCGCCCCACAGCCGCGACAACUCGAAACGCGUGUCGUUGUCGCGCUGCUUUCGGUGUCUGUCUCCUUUGCUCCCUCUCGCCACAGAGGAGCUUCCGUUUGACAGAAAAGUCGCGAGGCACGUACGUCUACGCGAACCACUGAAUCCGAGCGAAUCAAAGUUUCCGAACAGGAGCCACCCUCAGGGUGUUGGGGUGGUGAAUACUCUUCUCCCCGGCGGAAAGAUAGAAGAGCGCGCGAUUCGGAUAAGAAAACGGGUCCGCGAUUUGAAUCCGCGAGGUGGCAAGGACAGGGGUGCGAGACGAAACCGGAAAAGGGAACGUCUUCGUUGACAGUGUGAUCGUUGUCAUUCAGGAUUUGAAGUUACGCUCGGCGGAAAGCCGUCGUCGGUAUACCGGUGCGUAGUGCGCCCGUGACAGGGCUAGUUCCGAACACCUAAACCCGGCGAAAGCAGACAGUGAACAUAUCCGUCGAGUGUCGUGGUUUUGUUCUUUUCUAUCGACUUGGACGGUUGAUCAGACUGCGAUCGGUCUGCAGAAAGGGGCGAAUCCCGAUUUCCCAGCGGGUAUCACAGGUGCUAGGAGUUGCGGGGGUGGUGCCGAUUAUUCUUUUGCUCCUAUACUCGACGAUUAACAGCUUCCUGGGAGAGAGACAUCUCGGAAUAUUCACACCUGGAACGCGUGGUGUCAACACUCAUGCUCUGGUAACAGCGUGAACGUACUGCGAGCGGAGCGGACAAGAGGCAGAACGAUGUGGCGUGUACUGGUCGUCACGGUGUUGCUCGCGGCCACGUCGGCGGGCGACAAGGUGGCAGUUUUGCCCCACGAUAUUUACCCAGGCUACGAAGUAACGCAAUUCGGCACGAAACGGCCGUCAAGUUUUCGCCUGAUGGAGAACGAGUACUCGAAAUUCUUCACCGUGUUGGGCAACGGUCUUGUGAUGACCACGUCCGACUUAACUCCGUUAAUGGACCGGCGCGUGAAUCUGAUCAUUCUCGAGGACCUAGCCAACGGCACCGAAACUCAUUUCCUUCAUAUCUACGUGAUUAAUCGCAGGAACAUGAUCACCGUCACCCACGAUUAUCUCGGUGAGGGUGAGGUGUUCGAGAACUCUGCGGUGGGCACUUUGAUCGACGGUUUUCCCGUUGUGCGCGCUAGAGGAAGUUUCCCGAUCCAUUACAGCAUUGCGCCGGACGAGACCGGAGAACGAGCGUUUGCCCUCAAAGAGGAAGACUCCGAUCGUACUGGCUUCAAUUUGACGUUGAACAACCAGAGGGUGGGCGUCCGAGUGGUCACCGCGAAGCCCCUGGAUCGGGAAGCUAAGAAGCUCUACACGGUCUCCAUACACGCUUCCGACGGGAAUUUCCUAAGCACCUCGCAGAUCACGGGUCUGGUGCGCGUUCUCGACGAGAACGACAACCGGCCGGUCUUCGAGAAGGAAUUGUACACGUUUGAGAUCAGACCCACCCACGUGGACUCCAUUGACCAGAACUCGGUCGCUUUGCCCGGUUGGGAGCGUUUCUCGACUGUGGGCAAGGUCGUCGCCAAGGAUGCCGAUGGCGACAAGGUCGCGUACACUUUGCUCACGCCCAGCAAGUUGCUGGUCAUCGUUCCGCAAACUGGUGAACUCCUAUUGACCGGUGAGCCGGACAUCACCAUGGACGAGAACACUGAGUGCACGGUGAUCGUGGAUGCUCACGACGUCCGUAGCCUGAGCCGAACGGCCGAGAAACCUACCAAAGUUCUUAUCAGAUUCGUCACCUUGGAGACCAAAGAGGUGCAGACUCAUCGGAUAGAGAAGCGGAGAGUAACCAGAGCCGUCAGGCCGACCAAGAAGGUGGAGUUCACCGAGGCGGACGGAAACGUGGAAGGGAAGAUAGCGUUCUAUUUGGAGAAGGAGAACGAGAAUGAGACUUACAAGAUCAGGGAUGAGAACAAGUGGGUCAACGUAGAAGCUAAUGGGUCUGUCACCGUGAAGCAGAAAUGGGAUUACGAGGAAUUGGGAUCGGAAAAGAAUAUUGAUUUUUGGGUGACCAUUACGAAUACAGAACGGUGUUUACGGUAUCCACCGUAUACUCGGUGUCCAUUUCACGACACGGACAAUCAGCGUGUCAUUAUCAAUAUGAAGGACGUUAACGAUGAGCCGCCGUACUUCAUAAAUCGGCCCCUGCCAAUGCAAACGGUGGUGCAGUUGAACGCACCACCAAAUACACACGUGUUUACCCUUCAAGCACGGGAUCCUGACACUGACAGCAAUAUUCAUUACUUCAUCGUUCGCGACCGCACUGGAGGCCGUUUCGAGGUAGACGAACGAUCAGGCGUUGUACGCACCCGAGGGACCGAUUUGUUUCAGUUGGACAUGGAAUACGUUCUGUAUGUGAAAGCGGAGGAUCAGAACGGCCGUAUAGACGAGAAGCAUUUACAGUCAACUCCUGAGGAGCGGUUAUCGAUCGUAGGUGGAAAACGCGCACCACAGUUCUAUAUGACGGCAUACGAGGCCGAAAUACCGGAAAACCAAAAGAAAGACUCCGACAUCAUAUCGGUCAAAGCAAAAUCAUUUGCUGAUCGCGAGAUACGGUACACUUUGAAGGCUCAAGGUCAAGGUGCAGCAGGAACAUUCAAUAUCGGCGCGAAUUCUGGCAUUGUGAAGCUCGCUAAGGAACUAGACUUCGAAGAUUUUCGUCAAACUCAUAUUUAUUCUCUCGUGGUGACAGCUACAGAAGAUUCUGGAGGUUUCUCCACGUCAGUCGAGUUGACCAUUCGAGUGUCAGAUGUGAAUGACAACGCGCCCAAAUUCGAGUUACCUGAUUACCAGGCGCACAAUGUGGACGAGGACAUAUCGUUGGGAACAAGUAUACUGAAAGUGAAUGCAACCGAUGCUGAUUCCGGCGCUAACGCGGAAAUAGAGUAUCUGGUGUCGGACGAUCACUUCAGCGUUGACUCGAACGGGAUCAUUGUUAAUAACAAGCAGCUUGACGCAGACAAUAAUAAUGCUUACUACGAAUUUAUUGUUACUGCCAGAGACAAAGGUGAGCCACCAAAGACAGGUACAGCAACAGUACGUAUUUACACGAAGAACAAAAACGACGAGGAACCAAAGUUCUCUCAACAAGUGUAUACGCCAAACGUGGACGAGAACGCUGGACCCAACACACUCGUCACGACUGUGGUCGCUUCAGACAAGGAUGGUGAUAAUGUGCGCUUCCGAUUCGUCGGCGGUAACACCACGUCUGGUCAAUUCGUGAUUGAAGAAAUCACUGGUGUAAUCCGACUUCACGGGAAGAACAUCACUUUGGACAGGGAUAAAUACGAAUUGAAUGUAACAGCCCUUGACGAUGGUGCUUGUUGUCCAAAUGGAGAAUUGACCACGCACACAAGCACGGCUGUCGUCGUGGUCUUCAUCACGGACGUUAACGAUAACAAACCAGUUUUCAAAGAUUGCAGCAAGUAUAAUCCGAAAGUCGAGGAAGGCUCGCCAAACGGAAGCAAUGUGAUCAAGGUUCAAGCUACCGAUGAGGACAAGGGUGUGAAUGGUCAAGUAAAAUAUUCGAUUGUUCAACAACCUAAUCAAAAGGGGACGAAGUUUACUGUUGACGAAGAAACUGGUCAAGUUUUGACAAAUAAGGUAUUUGAUCGUGAAGGAGACGAUGGGAAAUUUGUAUCUGUUACCGUUAAAGCGACAGAUCAAGGUGAACCCUCGUUGGAAGGAGUUUGCUCUUUCACUGUUGAGAUCACUGAUGUCAAUGACAACCCACCACUGUUCGAUCGUCAGCGAUACAUUGAAAACGUGAAACAGGACGCGAGUAUUGGUACAAACAUUCUAAGAGUGUCGGCAUCGGACGAAGAUGCCGACAAUAAUGGCGCUAUAACAUACUCGUUAAGCUCGCCUAACAAUGAUCAAGGCUUGGAGUACUUUGAGAUCCAACCAGAGUCUGGUUGGAUCGUAUUAAAGAAGCCCCUAGACGAGCAGCGUGAGAUGUACAAGCUGGAAGCGAUGGCUCAAGACAAGGGUUUCCCGCCCUUGUCGCGAACGGUGGAGGUUCAGAUUGACGUUGUGGACCGUGCGAAUAAUCCGCCCAUAUGGGACCACAUAGUGUAUGGCCCGACCUACUGUAAAGAGAACGUGUCCGUUGGGGCUAAAGUUGUGUCUGUUAAAGCCAGCUCGGGGAUCGAAAAUAAUCCGACGGUGUUUUACCGGCUAAUGCCCGGAUCCACGGCACAGACGAACAAGUUUCACACGUUUUACCUUCAACAACGUAACGAGAAGUCCAUCACCUGGGCCGACAUCAAGGUUAACCAUCCUCUGGAUUACGAGAGCAUAAAGGAGUACAAUCUGACUAUACGAGUAGAGAACAAUGGCGCCCAACAACUUGCCUCUGAAGCGACCAUCUACAUUGUCCUGGAGGACGUUAACGACGAAAUACCUUUGUUCACCGAACGUGAGCAAGAAACUGUACUGGAGGGUGAACCAAUCGGCAGUAAAGUUACUCAAGUCAACGCUAUCGAUAAGGAUGGCACUUACCCCAACAAUAAGGUUACCUAUUUUGUCGUGAAGAGUGACAGAAACGAGGGAUUGGACUAUUUCGAGAUCAACAAAGACACCGGCGAGAUCUUCACCAAGGUAGUGUUCGAUCGUGAGAAGCAAGGUGCGUACGCGUUGGAAGUUGAGGCCCGAGACGGAGCACCAUCGGCGCGACCCAAUAGCAACGGACAACCGAAUUCAGUAACGAAAUUCAUCCGUAUUGGAAUAGCUGACAAGAACGACAAUCCGCCUUACUUCGACAAAGGCCUCUACGAGGCUGAAGUAGACGAAAAUGAGGACAUCCAGCACACGGUUCUCACUGUCACCGCCAAAGAUCACGACGAGUCCUCGCGUAUUCGAUACGAGAUUACGAGCGGUAACAUAGGCGGCGCAUUCGCCGUGAAGAAUAUGACUGGCGCCAUUUACGUCGCAGGUCCAUUGGAUUACGAGACGAGGAAAAGGUACGAGCUUCGCCUUACCGCUUCGGACAACUUAAAAGAAAAUUAUACAACGGUUGUAAUACACGUGAAGGACGUAAACGACAACCCACCUGUCUUCGAGCGUCCAAAUUAUAGAACGCAGAUCACUGAAGAAGAUGACAGGACCUUGCCGAAACGUGUUCUAACGGUCACAGCUACCGAUGGCGACAAGGAUAGACCACAAAGUAUUGUCUAUUUCUUAACGGGUCAAGGAAUCGAUCCGGAUAAUCCUGCAAAUAGUAAAUUCGAUAUUAAUCGUACUAGCGGAGAUAUCAACGUUUUACAGCCACUGGACAGGGAUCAACCAAAUGGAAGACCUCAGUGGCGAUUUACUGUUUUUGCUCAAGAUGAAGGUGGAGAUGGUCUGGUCGGCUACGCUGAUGUUCAAGUGAACUUAAAGGACAUCAACGACAAUGCACCAACCUUCCCCCAGGGUGUUUACUAUGGCAAUGUGACGGAAAAUGGAACAUCAGGAAUGGUCGUGAUGACAAUGACGGCGAUCGACUAUGACGAUCCGAAUGAAAGCACAAAUGCUAAACUGGUUUAUUCGAUUGAAAAGAACGUUAUUGAAGAGGAGACUGGUUCCCCAAUUUUUGAAAUCGAAUCGGAAACUGGCGUGAUAAAAACUGCGGUAUGCUGCUUAGAUAGAGAACGCACACCGGAUUAUUCUAUACAAGUCGUUGCAAUGGAUGGAGGGGGGUUAAAGGGGACCGGGACGGCAUCUAUACGAGUGAAAGAUAUAAAUGAUAUGCCUCCACAAUUUACGAAAGACGAAUGGAUCACUGAAGUGGAUGAAACGGAAGGUCCAGAUCUGCCGGAAAUGCCAAUACUUACGGUCACUGUUCACGAUGAGGAUGAAACCAACAAAUUCCAAUAUAAGGUAAUAGAGAACAGUGGUUAUGGUGCCGAUAAAUUCACCAUGGUGAGGAACAAUGAUGGCACUGGAUCUUUAAAAAUUGUGCAAUCAUUAGAUUACGAGGACCAAUUGCAGAGCAACGGAUUUAGAUUUAAGAUACAAGUCAACGAUAAGGGUGAAGAUAAUGACAACGAUAAAUAUCAUGUCGCUUAUUCUUGGGUCAUAGUGAAACUUCGCGAUAUAAACGAUAAUCAACCACAAUUUGAAAGAGCGAAUAUUGAGACCACUGUGCCGGAAAAUGCCCCUAUAGGAGACAAUUUAGAAACAUUCAAUGCGACAGAUCCUGAUCAGGGUGGGAAGAGUAAAGUUUUUUACUCGAUCGAUAGAUCUUCUGACCGCAAACGACAAUUCUCCAUCAACGAAAACGGCACGGUAUCCAUACAGAGAAGUUUAGAUCGGGAAGAAACUCCACGACAUCAGGUGAAAAUCCUAGCCAUCGACGACGGCAUCCCACCGAAAACCGCGACAGCUACGUUAACUGUGAUCGUUCAGGACAUAAACGACAAUCCGCCAAGAUUCUUAAAAGAUUACCGACCGGUGCUGCAGGAGCAUUUACAGCCGAAGAAAGUUGUGGAAAUUUCAGCGACUGACGACGACGACCGAUCGAAAAGCAAUGGUCCGCCGUUUACUUUCAGAAUGGAUCCAAAGGCAGACGACGUGAUUCGAGCCAGUUUCAAAGUUGAGAGCGAUAAUAAAGGGGCAAAUGGAGAUGGUAUGGCCAUUGUAUCCGCGUUACGGACCUUUGAUAGAGAACAACAAAAGGAGUACUUGAUACCAAUCGUUAUCAAGGAUGCCGGAACUCCUUCAAUGUCUGGAACUAGUACCUUAACGGUUAUUAUCGGGGACACUAACGACAACAAAAUGCAGCCAGGAUCGAAAGACAUAUUUGUAUAUAAUUACGCAGGACAAUCACCAGAUACUGAAAUAGGUAGAGUUUACGUCUAUGAUUUGGACGAUUGGGAUUUACCGGAUAAAAGGUUCUAUUGGGAAGGUUUAGAGCAUGCACAGUUUAAACUGGAUGAAGACACUGGUAUGAUUACCAUGAAAUUAGGUACACACGAUGGUAGAUACCAUUUACGAUUCAAAGUCUACGAUCGGAAACAUACCCAAACGGAUGUACCUGCAAAUGUAACUGUGACCGUGAAAACUAUUCCUCACGAAGCUGUUCUGAAUUCUGGCUCUGUUCGAAUAUCCGGUAUAACGGACGAGGAUUUCAUUCGCGUUUGGGAUUAUAAGUCUCAAACACAAUCACGGAGUAAAGCAGAAUUAUUCAGGGAAAAAUUAGCGCAUUUAUUGAAUAUCGAUAGAGAUAAUGUCGAUGUGUUUAGUGUGCAAUUACGAAGAAUGCAUCCGCCGUUAACGGACGUCAGAUUCGCAGCACAUGGAUCACCAUAUUAUAAACCUGUCAGAUUGAAUGGAAUGGUGUUAAUGCAUCGUGAAGAAAUCGAAAAAGAAGUAGGAAUUAACAUAACGAUGGUGGGCAUCGAUGAGUGUUACUACGAGAAUGAAAUGUGUGAAGGUAGUUGCACAAACACCUUAGAUAUCAGCAGCUUGCCGUAUAUGGUCAACGCAAAUAAAACUGCUCUUGUCAGUGUUCGGGUGGAUGUAAUUGCCGAGUGCACUUGUGGAGCAAGGAAUUUUAGCAAAGGAGAGUCUUGCAGAAAUAGCCCUUGCUACAACGGUGGUCGCUGUGUAGAGGGUCGCUUUGGAUUAUCAUGUCAAUGUCCUUCUGGCUACAAUGGUCCAAGGUGUCAACAGACUGCAAGAAGUUUCCGUGGAAACGGUUGGGCUUGGUAUCCUGCUUUGGAGAUGUGUGAUAAUAGUCACUUGAGCUUUGAAUUUAUAACGAAGAAACCUGAUGGUCUACUCUUGUACAAUGGACCUAUUGUUCCUCCUGAAACUGACGAAAUUAUGGUCUCUGAUUUUAUAUCCGUCGAGUUGGAGCGUGGAAUACCCCGAUUGUUAAUAGACUUCGGAUCUGGUACCUUAGAACUGAAAGUAAAACCAAAAACAACUUUGGAUGAUGGAGAAUGGCACAGACUUGACAUUUUUUGGAAUACAGAGACCGUGAAGCUGAUUAUUGAUUACUGUAAGUCAGCACAUAUCUCGGAACCGGAAGACGGCUCUUCUCCAGAAUUCAACGACACUACUUGCCAGGCUCAAGGCACAAUACCGCCAUUCAAUGAAUACUUAAACGUAAAUGCACCUCUUCAAAUCGGUGGGUUAUACGUCGAGCAGUUCGACCCGAGUCAUUAUAAAUGGAAGCAUAUGCCAGUCGGAAAAGGUUUCGAUGGUUGCAUCAAGAACCUCUUCCAUAACAGCAAGCUUUAUGACUUGGCUCAUCCUGGUCUUUCGAGAAACAGCGUAGCUGGCUGCCCUCAAACAGAAGAAAUCUGCAAUAACCAGGAAUCUACCUUCCGCUGCUGGGAACAUGGAACUUGUGUGGGAAGCUUCAAGGAAGCUAGGUGUCAAUGCAAUCCAGGAUGGACUGGUCCAGGUUGUAUGACACCCACCAUUCCAACAACGUUUAAACCACAGAGCUAUGUGAAAUAUGCCUUAUCCUUCGAGCCAGAUAAAUAUUCUACUCAGGUGCAAUUAAGAUUCCGUACCAGAGAGGUUCAUGGUGAACUAUUCAGAGUCAGUGAUCAACAUAACAGAGAAUACGCUAUACUGGAGAUCAAAGAUAGCAGACUGCACUUCCGGUAUAAUUUGAACAGUUUGAGGACCGAAGAACGUGAUAUCUGGCUUACUGCAAUAGCUGUUGAUGAUGGACAGUGGCAUACCGUCAGAGUCUCGAGGUAUGGAUCAGCCGCAACCUUAGAAUUGGACGGUGGCGAAGGAAGAAGGUUUAACGAAACCUUCUCCUUCCAAGGCCAUCAGUGGCUACUGGUUGAUAAACAGGAGGGCGUUUACGCGGGUGGCAAAGCAGAAUACACGGGUGUCCGAACAUUCGAGGUGUAUGCCGAUUAUCAAAAAGGAUGUCUCGAUGAUAUAAGAUUAGAAGGAAAACAUCUCCCACUCCCACCAGCGAUGAAUGGUACACAAUGGGGUCAAGCAACAAUGGCCAGAAAUCUGGAACGGAAUUGUCCAUCUAAUAAACCCUGUGUCAAUGUCAUUUGCGCGGAUCCGUAUGAAUGUAUUGACCUUUGGAAUGAAUACGAAUGCACAUGCGGAGAAGGAAGAAUUCCAUCGCCAGACAACAAAGGAUGCAUGGACAAGAAUGAAUGUAUCGAUUAUCCAUGUUUAAAUGGAGGCAGAUGUAUCAAUCAAGAUCCCCGGUUCCGCUACAGAUGCAUUUGCCCAGAUGGCUUUUGGGGCGAGAACUGCGAACUUGUCCAAGAAGGUCAAACAUUGAAGCUCAGCAUGGGCGCCUUGGCAGCCAUUUUAGUCUGUCUUCUGAUUAUUUUAGUGCUCGUCUUAGUAUUUGUUGUGUACAAUAGAAGAAGAGAGUCUCACAUUAAGUAUCCAGGCCCUGACGAUGAUGUCAGAGAAAAUAUUAUUAAUUAUGAUGACGAAGGUGGCGGUGAAGAUGAUAUGACCGCGUUUGACAUUACACCGCUUCAAAUUCCUAUCGGUGGACCGAUACCGGAAAUGGGUGGAAAAUUACCCCCGUGCAAAGUACUCUAUCCACUAGGGCCAGAGCCAAAUGUCGGCAUUUUUAUAGAAGAUCAUAAAAAGAGGGCUGACAGUGAUCCGAACGCACCGCCGUUCGAUGAUUUACGAAAUUAUGCUUACGAAGGUGGCGGAAGUAUCGCAGGCUCAUUAUCAUCGUUAGCUUCCGGUACAGACGACGAGCAGCACGAGUAUGAAUACUUAACUGCCUGGGGACCUAGAUUUGACAAAUUGGCCAACAUGUACGGUCCAACGGAGGAAAGUGAGGAAGAGGAAUAAAAAACGCAAAAAGUUUUGAAAAACUCGUGUGAGCUCGCACGAUUGAUGCUCCGAGCAGGAUUAGUGUUUGUGUAACCUUAGAGAAAAAAAUACCGUAGAAAGAAACUGUCCUCUAAGGAACAUAAGUUCGAACAAACUUUUCAAUUACAAGAAAAGCAACGCUCUGAAAGCGAAAAGAUCAGCGUGUCCUCUGGAGCGGUGUGUUUACAUGUGGCUAAACAAGAAAAAACACUAUGUUUCGUUUAGUAUACAUCGGCCGUGGAAUCGUUCCUGGCAUACAGACGUAAUCUUACAGAAUGCAUACACGCGAACAAGGAUGAGGCGUUCGUGAGGGGUGCGUGAAUAAAAGAGAGAAAGAAAGAAAGUAAGAGAAAAAGAUUGAGAGAGGAGGAA